AUGGAUGAGCCGGAGCCAAAAGAUAAGAACAUCGAAAUCAAGGUGUGGCAAGCCACGAUCGCCGCGAUGGAAGAGCAUAUUGGGACAAAAACACGGCAGGAAGGUAUCUUUGUUCGCGCUGCACUCAUUCUGAUGGACGGUUCUACCCGGAGUGUAUACGAUAACCAGGAUUCGUGGGCGGUCGAACGCCUUGAAGGAGAUCUGUGGAUGGGAAAGCUAGAUGAAGACUGUGCUGUUGUGAAUUGA